GGCCGCCUCUCAAUGGUUUUUGUGGGCGUGUGCUUUGUUAAAGAAGCUAAACAGGUUAGACCGAAGAACACCUCAAUGGCUCUUUGUCGUAAAGGCGGUACAGAUUAAGCAGUUUUAAAAGCAAAUUCUUCAUGUGUCAUUUUCUUUCGCUUGUUUCCACUUUUUAAAGCGUCGUGUCGCGACCGUAACGAGGAGCGACAGAAGCUUUUUAGGCGCGACAAGACUCAACAUGGACGCUGACAUUCCUUCGGUGUGAACGACUGAAGCGAGGUUAGAUGACAAUAAGCGUCAAAAUAGGUUUCAUACAAGGCGGAAAGUCAAUUAAUUUGGGCCGGGGGGCCUAAGAGGCGAUGCGCCGGGCACUGUGGAACAUAGGACUGCUGCUCACCUUCUUCACCUGCUGCAACACUUGGGACCAGGAGUGCUUGCUGGGCAUCGUGGGCCGGCCCCUUUGGCUCUCCUGUUUUUACCCGGACGCCCUCAACUUGGCCAAUGUCUCUGUGACGUGGAGGAGGAACCAGGAAGAGGUCGUGCGAGACGAAGAUGACAACGCUCUUCGCACGGGCAACUUCACCCUGAGGCUGCCCUCCGUGGACCCACAGGAGGACAAUGCGUCCUAUAGUGUCAUGGUCACCUCUCGGGGAAACCGCAGCCUCGAGGCCUGCACGCUGUGCGUCAGGGUCGCUGCGCCGUUCAGCGCCCCCGAGCUACGAUGGGAGGCGGCAGCGGAGGAUACCCAUAGCGUCUUCCAAUGCGACUCAGGCGGAGGCUUCCCCGAGCCAGUCGUUGACUGGCUGAUUGACGGCGGGGCCCAAGAAACCGCCCCGGGCUCAGUACAGACCCAGGUGGAGCUCCGACCGGACUCUCGCCUCUACUACGUCACCAGCUACUUGAGGGUCAACGUGACGGACACCAACGUGUCCUGUGUCAUUCACAACUUGGCCAUCAACCAGACCCUCACCUCCACCACACGUAUGUGGAAUGUCACUGUAGGGGACGCAGUGUGGCAUGGCCCCGUGGUGACCCGGGCCACCGACUCCUUGUGGGUCUUCAGCUCGGUCCUGUGCGCGGUGGUGGGCGCCAUGGUGGCCGUGGGCUUGGGCUACCAGAUCCACCUGGACCGGCUGAGCAAGAGGAGGAAGAUACAACACCUGAGUAGAAGGAACAGAGGUUACUACAGGAGACGUCAACAAGCGGAGGAAACGGAGGUGGUCACGUUGCAGUUGUCGGAGUCCAACGUAUGACCUCUGCCAAGGAAGUUUGCUGCGCUUGAGCCCCAUGAGCAAAAUUGAACAGGAAGUUGACUAUUUUCCCACUUGGUAGCACCUCCCUGAAAGCUUGGGCGAGAAAAAAAAAAUUGACUUUGAUACUAGUUUCACCGAUACACACUAAAUUCGAUGGACAUGUCCAUCAGGACAAGACGCACAAAAACUACUCAAGAACCCAUGGACAAGUUUGAGACGAAAGUGGACCCUUUUGGGUGAAUUCCAGGGCUUGUAUGUGGGGAAUUUGCCCAAAUGAACCGCAAUCACCGCUAAAUUGAUGCUU